ACAUGUAUCCAUACACGCUGACGCAGUUGGACAGGUGGAACCCCUUCAGCGCUCCUUUUACCGACAUGCACCAGAAUGAGCAGCCGGUACCUGAAGAGCCACAUCCGAAGCGUAAACUCCCGUCGGUUGAUGACGCUUGCCUUUCAGAUGGAGAGAGUGGGGCGUUUGUACACUGGUCUGAGGAGGUGCAGUGGUUCGAUGACCAGCACGAGGACAAGAAGGACGGCACCGUGUCCAAUGGCGUCAAAGCGACAUGGAACAACACCCGAAUCCUCACCCGGGCGAUGGUUGCCAACAGCAACGGUAUACAUAAGGCGUUCGGACGGCAGCAUAUGGGGAAGGAGAUGAUGCCCAAUGGGGUCCACAUGACAGCCGGCUUCAAACACUGGAUCCCACUGUGGGCAAAAGUGGCUGCGUUCCUGUUCUUUGGCGUGCUGACCGGCUGCCUGCUCUACAUCUUCCAGCCGGACGACUUCGUACCUCCGCCGCUUCCGGAGCCGGAGGAGGAAGAGCUCGAGGACGCCAUGAUGUUCACGUGGGAAUGGAUUUCCAUCCUGGUGGCGGAAACUGUCGCUGAAUUUAUCUUCAUAACAAAAUCGAUGUUUCCGUUUUUUUAAGGCUGGCCAUGAUUAUAUGAUCGUGAUAUGAAAGAGUUAAUCAGAGAUACAGUGAUCUGAAGUGGGCAAGACCCAGGAAAGGGUAGUCUCACUUUUACAGUUGUAAAUGCACAGGUAAUGGUGUUUGAUGAAAUGGACUUUUCAGAGUGUAAUGGAGACAUGGCUUCUGAAUGGUGGCAAAGAUUUUUUGUAGAACUUUUGCAAAACAGACUUUUUCUGCAGAUUUUAUUUUAUUUUUUCUUUUGAAUUGUGUCUGGCUUUGCACAGACACACACACACACACACACACACACACACACACACAUGCAUGCAUGUAAGCAUGAACACCCAUACACACACACACACACACACACACACACACACACACACACACACACACACACACACUAACACACACACACACACACACACACACACAGGAACCCAUUCAUAACCCUUUCUCACACCCCAUUUAUUUUUUCAGGCUUUCUAUUUGACCCAUAAGCAACACCCGCUGCCUCUCUUGGAAACGAAUGUAUUUUUUAUCUUUAGGAUAAAGAUUUCAUGUGCGUGUCUGUUUUGGGUCGUUUUGACCUGUUGUUUAACAUUUGAUUCUGUUGUUUACACCCAUGCAGUUAACCUGACUUUGAUGCUCACACACACAUUUAAGAUCUCUGAACAUUAGAGUACAUGGUGCUGAUGUAGCUCUAGACUCAUCCGAGGACUACUCUCCUGAUCUGGUGUGCACAUCCCUAAAGUGGUGGUACAGGCUGUUGCAUCAGUCUAUCUAUCUAUCUAUCUAUCUAUUUUAUCUGUCUCUCUCUAUAUCUAUCUAUUUAUCCAUCUAUCUAUCUGUCUAUCUAUCUAUCUAUUUUAUCUGUCUCUCUCUAUAUCUAUCUAUUUAUCCAUCUAUCUAUCUGUCUGUCUGUUUUUCUAUAUGUCUAUCUAUCUAUCUGUUUAUCUUUUAUCUGUCUAUUUCUAUGUAGCUGUCUAUCUAUCUGUCUGUUUGUCUGUCUGUCUGUUUUUCUAUCUAUCUAUCUGACUCAUCAUGCCCAUUUCACCAUGACACCUUUGGGAAACACACACCAGAUCGGCUGUUCUCUUCUUCAUCUCUUUUCUUCUUCAUCUCUCUAUCUUCUCCUGUCUGCCUUGCUUAAGUUUUCACGCCGGACUAAAAUACAUAGAGUACGACGCCUGAUACCCAUUCAGUCCACCACCGCGAUAAU